AUGGAUGAACUCCUAUUCAAGCACCGCAAAGAGCAAAAAGAUCUUCAGGGAAAGAUCACGCAAAAGAAAAAGUCCGCCACCAAGAAAACUCGCAAGGGCGUCAACGAUGAAUGCGACCGAAUGCAGCAGGAGCUGUCCGAGAAACACAAGACAGAGAUCGCCCAGCUGAACGGAGAUCCAGUCGAAGGACUUGAAGAGCUCAACCUGGAAGACGAUCAAACAACAGGUGAAGAGCCUACUGAAGACCAAGGCCCCCAAAAGAAAGAAGCAAUUCCCGAACCAACACCGGAACCCACUGCCCCCUCAAAUGGCAAGAAACCAAAUCGCCAAAAAGCCCGCCUCGCUCGACGCGCCGCAGAGCAAGAAGCCGCCUCAGCUGCCGCCGCAGAAGAAGCCAAAACCCAAGUCAACUACCGCGGUAACGAACAAGAAGUAAUGGACGCCGCAUUCAAAAAGCUCAAGUUGAAGGAAGUAGAAGUCACUCCGGACGGGCACUGCCUCUACUCAGCAAUCGCGAAACAACUCGACGAAUCCGGACUAGGACUACGCCCUGACGCAAGUCGCAUGACUCUGCAGCCCUCAACACAAUCGCGCAUCGAGACAGUUGCAUCGCCACAACAUGACGGCUAUCGAGCAGUACGGGCCGUAACGGCAGAUUUCAUCAACGAACACAAAGAGGAUUUCGAGGCAUUCAUGGAGGAGCCGAUUGAUUCAUAUACGCGCAAGAUAAAAUUGACUGCUGAGUGGGGUGGGCAUUUGGAGUUGCAAGCUAUUGCACGCGCGUAUGGGGUCGAGAUCAAUAUUGUACAAAGCGAUGGGCGGAUGGAGAAGAUUGAAUCUGGGGAUGAUAUGAAAAGUCUUGACGAGGCGGAGAAGGCGAAGAGGGUUCUUUGGUUGGCUUAUUACAUACAUUCAUACGGCCUUGGGGAGCACUAUAACGCCUUGACGAAACAGGGAUAG